AGAGCACAGCAGAAACGCGAGCGUGCCGCGGCAAAAGGCGGCAAAAGCGAGGCCAAGUCGCAACUGAAAUCCAAUGCCGCCGCGCUUACGAUCAAGUGCAAGACCUGCUUCCAAUCCUUCCAGAGCACCACGAACCGCAAGAUGCUGGGCGAUCACGCGACGAAUAAGCAUGGGAAGAGCUUCGAGGAUUGCUUCAAUCCGGAUGAUGGGGUUGCGCGGUGA